CCCGCCGCCCGCCAUGUCGCUGCGCUUCUCCGCCAACGUGUCGUGGCUGUUCCCGGAGCUCUGGGCGCUGCCGGCGCGGCUGCAGGCGGCGGCGGCCGCCGGGUUCGGGGCGGUGGAGGCGGCCUGGCCGGCGGGCUGCCCGGCCGAGGAGCUGCGGGCCGCGGCGGAGCGGGCGGGGGUGCGGAUCGUCCUCCUCAACACCCCCCCCGGGGACCAGGAGGCGGGCGAGAUGGGGCUGGCGGCCGUGCCCGGGCGCCAGGCUGCCUUCCGCCAGGGCCUGGCCACGGCGGUGCAGUACGCCAAGGCAGUGGGCUGCCCCAGGAUCCACCUGAUGGCUGGGCGGGUUCCCCUGGGCGCAGAUCGGGCAGCAGUGGCAGGCGAGAUGGAAACCACCUUUAUUGAGAAUCUCAGAUACGCUGCUGGCCUCCUGGCCCAGGAAGACAUGAUUGGACUCGUGGAGCCUAUUAACAACCGCAUCACUGACCCUCGCUACUAUCUAAACACCCCGCACCAAGCUGCUGCCAUCCUGGAGAAGGUGGGACAGCCGAACCUGAAGCUGCAGCUGGACCUCUUCCACUGCCAGAUCAUGGAUGGGAAUUUGUCACGCAACCUGGAGACAUACUUCCCACUCAUUGGUCAUAUCCAGAUUGCACAGGUGCCAGGGCGGCAUGAGCCCGACAGCCCUGGGGAGCUGAACUUCCCCUACAUCUUUGAGCUCCUGGAGUCCCUUGGCUACACUGGCUACGUGGGGUGCGAGUAUGCUCCGAAAGGAGAUACCAUGGAAGGUCUGGGCUGGCUGCGCACAUACUGGGAGAGCCGAGGGCUGCAGCAUGGUGGGACCAGCAAGGCAGCAGAGUAAAACAAGGAAACCACUGGAAUAAAAGUCGAAGCAAUGGCUUAA